AGAGAAUGAAAAAAAUAGAAUAAAAGAAUAAAAAAAUAAGGAGAGAAUGAAACAGAGUAUACUCAUUAUCUGUUUGUUUUUCUUUUGAUAAUAACUAACGGCUCUGAUUUUGAUAUUUUUAUUUUUGGGUGGUGGUGGUGGCGGGGCGGAAGAAUCAGAUGGCGAAAACAGGGGUGUUGAGUUCUGAUCCAACGGUGAGAGCGAGAGCGGCAGAAUUAAAGAAAGAAUUGCGGAGGCUGGUUAUGACUAUCGUCGACGAUGAUGAUUUUAGCAUCCACACCAUUGAUCAAGCUAAAGAUACUCUUUGUGUUUUGAGAGAGCUUAAGUUCAAUAAACAAUCGACUACCACCACUACGACGUCGUCGUUGAAGUUACAUGAAGCCCUGUCGUGUCCUGAAGAGUUUAAAUGUCCUCUAUCUAAAGAGCUUAUGAGAGAUCCUGUCAUUUUAGCUUCUGGCCAGACAUAUGACAGACCUUUUAUCCAGAAAUGGCUGAAUUCCGGCAAUAGAACUUGUCCAAGAACCCAACAAGUUCUUUCACACACGGUUCUCACUCCUAAUCAUCUUAUUAGGGAAAUGGUAUUGCAGUGGUGUAAGAAUCAGGGAAUAGAAUUGCCAAACCCUGUUCAGUAUGGUAAAGAGGAGGGGGUUACAGAAGCUGAGCGUGACCGUUUCUUUUCUUUGCUAGAGAAGUUGUCUGCCGCACUUCCUGAACAGAAGGAAGCAGCAAAGGAGCUUCGGUUGGUGACGAAAAGGAUGCCUUCGUUCCGGGCUCUCUUUGGUGAAUCUGAUGAUGCCAUUCCUCAACUGCUCACCCCACUCUCAGGAAGCAAAUCUCAGAGUGGUGUUCACCCUGAUCUCCAGCAAGAUUUGAUCACGACACUCUUGAACCUUUCAAUUCAUGACAGCAAUAAGAAGCUCGUUGCUGAAACUCCAAUGGUUAUUCCUAUUCUUAUGGAAGCACUGAGAUCUGGAACUAUUGAAACUAGGAGCAAUGCAGCUGCAGCCCUUUUCACUUUAUCUGCCCUUGAUUCUAACAAGGCACUUAUUGGUAAAUCAGGUGCCUUAAAACCCCUUAUUGACCUUCUAGAUGAGGGUCAUCCAUUAGCGAUGAAAGACGUUGCUUCUGCAAUAUUUAACCUUUGCAUUAUUCAUGAGAAUAAGGCAAGAGCUGUGAGGGAUGGUGCAGUAAAGGUCACUUUGAAAAAGAUUAUGGAUGGUGUGCUUGUUGAUGAGUUAUUGGCUAUCCUAGCUAUGCUUUCAACCCAUCAAAGGGCGGUUGAGGAAAUGGGGGAGCUUGAAGCUGUUCCUUGCUUGCUUCGCAUUGUCAGGGAGAGCACUUGUGAACGCAACAAGGAAAAUUGCAUCGCAAUCCUCCACACUGUCUGUCUUAAUGAUCGAACCAAGUGGAAGGCACUAAGGGAAGAAGAGAAUACCCAUGGAACAAUAUCUAAGCUUGCUCAAGAUGGAACCUCCAGAGCCAAGAGAAAGGCUAAUGGCAUUCUUGAGAGACUGAGAAGGGCUGUUAAUAUUACCCAUACCGCGUGAAGACAUUACUCAACGCAACACUACCAAGCACAUCAUUUGUAAAUUCUGUUUCCAACUCCUGGUGAUCAAUGCUGCUUAUCAUCAUUCCAAUUUUGUAAAUUCUCACCUUGGAAGCUUAUGUUUAUAAGAUUUUCUCUUUGUUUGGUCAAAUAAUUUUCGCUGGCGUUCGGAUUUUACAGGUAACAGAAUAUUGGCUCUUUUUAUUUGUUUCCUAGCAUCCACUCCUGUUUCUCAUUCGAAUUUCAGUCAUGCGUCAGAUUCUCUCUUUUGUUUUUCAGCAGCAACUUGAAUUUUUCAUUUUUUCUUGCCAUUUGAUUUUUGAAUUAUGGCAGAAAAAUUUUUAUCUUCUAACUUCUGCUUUGUCCUUUGUAUUGUCAACAACGAAUUAUGUCCGGAAGUGGCAAU